AUGCAUUUGGAUUGGUCUCUUUUCUAUCUUGAUAACUCAUCUGUGAUUAACACAGAACCACCCGAUUCAGUUCUAUGUACUGCUUAUCUAAUAGAGGAUGGUACUGCGUUUCUGUACUACCGUUAUGCCAGUGGAGCGAAUCCCCUCCCUGCAUCACUUGUCAUCCCUCUUGGUGCUGCAUCUCCCACCUCCAUUGUAACAACCAUAGAGAGACAACACACUAUAGCAUUCAUAGGAGAUACUCAAGGAAACCUUCAAAAGGUGAAUAUUGUUAACAGCACUUUUGGCUAUGUCUACGAGACAAUCCCUCUUGGAAGUGGGUCUGUUUUACGAGAGCUGUUUCUUGAUGAAUCUACAGAGCAGAUAACAUUAGCCACAACAACAACAAGAACUUCAGAUCAAAGCUCACAGGUACUUAAACUGAAUUUGGCAAACUGUGGCCAAUACCAAACCUGUGAUGAGUGCAUUGGCGGCAAUGGAGGAAACGAUGGAGACCCUUACUGUGGAUGGUGUACUUUACAAAAAAGGUGCACACGAUAUGAGGCAUGCGAUCUGCCUGAGGAACCAUCACGAUGGUUAUCAUACAAUGCUUUACAAUGUGUUUCCAUCUCUGAUGUACAGCCAGAUAGUCUUCCUUACGAUCUAACGGACCAGCAGAUUACCAUAACAGUACAACAGCUCCCAGAUCUUAGGGACCCCUUCCAAUAUAACUGUACCUUUGGUACCUAUGAGGUCGCUGCUGCUACUUCUGGUGAUACUCUCACCUGCACAUCUCCUCCUGCAAAUGAAGUACCUACAAUUCCUGCUGGAUCAUACUUUGUGUCAGUGGAUCUAUCAAUUGUGUCAACUGAAACGAAAGCCAAAUUUGUGACCACAGAUUUCUCCUUUUUUGACUGCAGUCACAUCAGAUCAUGUUCAGCCUGUGUCACAGUUGACUUUCCAUGUGACUGGUGUGUGUAUGACAACAAAUGUACAGAUGAUAGCAGCUCAGAAUGCCAGGCAAGAGAUACAGUCAUCAUUGGAGACAAUAAUCCUGUUGGUACUGGAAAUCGAGGACAAGAAUUUUGUCCCCAGUUGCUUGGAACAACUCAAUCCUUUCUGAUCCCAGUCAACAUUCCUUCUGGUUUCUCACUGUCUGCAAAGAAUCUUCCUACAGAUCGGUCUCAGGGCCUACAAACAUAUGAGUGCAUCCUUGACAUUGAAGGAGUAGAAGCGAGGGUUGCCAGUACUGAAUUUAAUGAAACCUACAUUCUCUGCAAUGAUAGGGAGUACAUGUACGGUGAAAAUAUUCUCCAGAAGAACAUCAGUGUCUCUGUACAGUGGAACGGUCAGAACAUGAUAGACGACCAUUCAGAUUCAUAUGUCACCCUUUAUAAGUGUUCAGUUAAUGGUGGGAGUUGCAGUCGUUGCCUAUCCCAAGAAGCUACUCCGUCUAUCUUGAACUGUGGUUGGUGUGGUGAUGACUGCAAUGUCAUUCAGAGUGAUGUUUGCCAAAAUAAUGGGUUUCUACAUCAGAAUGAGACGCAGCAAUGUUCAGCGCCAGUUAUAACUGAAUUCAACCCAAUGUCAGGUCCAAUUGGUGGGCGUACCAGGUUAGAAGUCAUCGGAACUGAUUUAGGAGUAGUAUUUGAGGACAUUCUUCAAAUUCAUAUUCAAGACUUAGAAUGUGAUAAGACUGGCAUGGAUGAAUAUUACCAGGCAGGACAGAGUGUGAGUUGUAUGACAAGUAUAUCGACUGAAGUAGUAUCAGGACUCAUUGGAAUCACUGUGAUGUCAGGUAACGGAAAUAAGAUCGGUCAAAGCACUCAAGAUUUUCAGUAUAGGGAUCCUGCAUUAACAGGGUUUGACCCUAUAGAAGGUCCAGUGGCAGGGGGUACAGAAGUCACAAUAAGUGGGGAGAACUUGGACACUGGAAGGGAUAUUACUGCAAGAUUCGGUGAUGCAGAUUGCAAAGUAAUCAAUGUGGAAGGGACUUCUGCAAUCUGCAUGACAAGUGAAAUAUCUGAGAAUAACCAAAUUUCUGUAAUGUUAACGAUGGCGUUUGAUGGAGUAGACAGAGAAUUCGAUGGUUACCAGUUCACGUACAUGCCAAAUCCGAGAAUUGAUGACAUUGAUACCACAGCAACAAUCAUGGCAGGAGGUCUUGAUAUCAUACUAACUGGAGACAGAUUUGAUCUCAUCCAAGAACCCCUGAUAGUAGUCACAUCUCUUGCUACCAAUGCUAGCAAUAACGAGCUGUGCAACGGAACUGCCACUAUUCUAUUAUGUCCCACACCAAGUUUUCCUGAUAACGAUUCUAGUUCGACCAGAAAGAGAAGAGCACCAGAUUCAAUGACAGCCAGCCUAACCUUUGACUUUGAUGGUUACAUCAUCGAUGGUGGGACAAUAGAAUACUACCCAGAUCCUGUGUAUUACAACUUCAGUGCAGACGGUGAAAUAUUUAGCAGUAAAAACCAGCGACUUGAAAUUAAUGGCACGAAUUUAAACUUGGCAAGUACAGAAGAUGAUGUGCGAGUUUUCCUAGGACCUGACGGGGAGUGUGACGUUGAUGAUCUUGAAGUUGAUAUCCUGCGUUGUCAGCUACCAGAAACCCAGCCUAAACCAGGAUACAUCAAUGGAACGCUGGGUAGGGGAAGUGCCAGGGAUCUUCCAGCUGUAACAGUGAGGCAUGGGAAUCUUAUAUUUUACCCUGGCUUUGUAAGAUACACAUCAAGUCCUGGAGCCCCAAUUGGAAUCAUAGUUGGAGCUUCUGUUGGGUCUCUGGUGCUAAUCCUCAUUGUCAUGGGUGUCGUUGGAAAGAUCUUGGUCAAACGAAGACAAAGAGCUAUUGAUGAACAAGUCGAAGAGUUGGAACUUCUUGAGAAAAAGAUUCAGAAUCGUGCAGAAGAAGCGUACCACAACUUGCAGGUUGAUAUGACAGAAGUUGAAGAUCAGGUUCGAGAUCUAGGUAUCCCAUUUGUGAACACCCAAGAUUAUGCCAGAAACAUGCUUUUUGCUGGUCUAGACAUCCUACCUGCUACAUCUGAUCCAGAGUACAUGGAUCAAGAUCUUGAACGAGCUAUGAUUACAUUCUCUAGGCAGCUAAACAACCCUGAUUUCCUUAUCAAAUAUAUUGAAGAGUUAGAAGAAAGGAGGAAAUCGCAUAGAAGAGACAGAGUCAACAUUGCAUCAUUGAUUACAGUUGUUCUGGUGUCUGAAGAAUUUGACUACUUCACCAUGAUCCUCAAGAAAUUGUUAGAAAGUCAAAUCAGUGAGGCAGCAGAUGCUGGCAGACAACUUAAGUCUCUCUUCCGGAGGACUGAAACGAUUGUCGAGAAGCUACUUGCCAACUGGCUUUCUCUCUGUAUGUACCACUAUCUGAAGAAAAAUGUUGCUAAGGAACUGUACCUGUUGUACCAGUCGAUCAAGAUCCAAGUAGAGAAAGGGCCCAUCGACAUCAUCACUGGGCAGUCAUAUUUCUCUCUCAACUUUGACCGCCUCCUUGAAGAAGACGUUCCGUUUGAAGAAAUGACACUGUCUGUUCUUGGAGCCAAUGGGCAGCAUGAGUACUAUGUGAAGGUUCUGAGCACAGACUGCAUCACUCAAACCAAACAGAAGAUACUGGAUGCAGCUUACAGAAGACAACACUUUGUCAAGCAGAGUAGAGCCCAUGAAUUGGAUCUAAUGUGGUACCAUCCUGGUGGAGAACAGAGAAUCUUACGUGAUCAGGAUGAAUACAACACACCCAGAGAUAGAUCUGUGAUUGUACAAGUCAAUACGCUCCAGAGUGUUGGGGUGACCAAUGAUUGUCGGAUGGCACUGAUCAAUAAAGUUGCCAACCUUGAAGAAGACAAAGGAAACUAUACACCGGUAUCACCUGGAUCAAAGUCAUUUUACAUUUAUGAUCAUAAAGAGAACAGUGAUGUGCGGAACAGAGACUACACCAGAGUACAGACGCAGUUAGAAACAGGUUUCCAAAUCGCUCAUCUGAUACCAGAAGAUCAGUUACAGGCCAAUGGUAAUCCAUCCAAGACCAAACUAGACAAGGAGUUCUCUGCACCUCAUUUGCUUGUGACAAAGAAAACUAUUGAGCCAUUCCUGAACGAGUUCUUGAAAACAUUAUUUGAGAAACCAGAACAAACGCCUGUUACCAUCAGGAAUCUCUUUGCUUUCUAUGAUAAAAUGGCUUCUACUUACUGCAACGAUAACCCUCAAGACUAUUCAGAAGCCUGGAAGAGUAACAGCCUUCCUCAGCAUUACUGGGUGACUACUCUGACUCAUCCGGCAUACAUCUUUGACAUGCGUCAAUCCAGAUCUGCCGAUCAAAGUGUUUCGGUCUUAGCUAACAUGCUAGACAAUGCAUGUAAGAAGAUCAUACCAGAAAAGAAUCAGGACUCCUCCCUAAACCGAGUACUGUUUGUUAAGGAUCUACCAAAGUACAUCAAAACUAUCAGUGAUUACUAUGUGAGCCUAGCUGCCCUUCCUGUACCUACAUCAUCCGAGAUGCAGGGUGAAUACAGAAGACUUGGAGAGGAAUUCGCUGGCCUUUUCAGCCGUGUUGGAACCCUAAAGUUGCUCUAUGACUUCACACAUAACGAUGCUGGUGGUUUACUUGAUUCAAUUACAGAACUUUUGUGAGCCGGACCAAAUGCAGCUUCCUUCCAGUUAUCAGCUGCCGUUGGUCGUUGUUUGUUUAUUAAAGAAAGAAAAGUAACACCUCUGCUGUUAAUCGCAAAUAUUUCUUCUUUCUUCCAUUCAGAAGUGAUGACUCCUAAAUGUUGACAUGUAUAUUUCAUUAUGCCCGACUUUGGCAAAAGGAAGCAAGUGACACAUUAGUCAAAUUUGAGUUAUUGUUGUUUCUGGAUUGCCAUCUGUCUGUUGCACAUUCAGGCAAAAUUUGGGGAAGAAAUUAUCAUUCUAUGGAAAGAUAUCGAAGAAAAUAUGCUGUUAAAUUGCAUUGAUGCCCAUGUAGAUGACGAACACACAUUGCUCAUUUAUAACAAAUUAUUCUUUUGUAACUUGCUUCCUCUUUGCAAAGUAUGGCAGUAUUGUCCUUGGGGUGUUUCACUAAGAGUAAAGUGUGACCUACGGUUUUGCUUCAUAUCCAACGGGCAUAUGCUAUUAAAAGCAUAAUCCGAUUGAUGGAUGCGCAAUAUAGGGUGUCUCGUGCGCAUUAUCUGACCAAUGAUGCGAUGUGAUAUAUUCCGCACGCAACUGAAAUUUAAGUGCAACUCUAAGUCAUACUUAAUCUUGUGAAAGGCCUCCCGGGUAUUAUGAAUAAGAUUAAUCCAUUCACAAUUCAAGCUCAUCCUCCACACCCUGAGGAGUAUUCCAUCCAAAGAAGGGCCGUGAUUGGCUGGGAUGUAUUUAAUUUGAUUAAUCCUCUUAACAGCAACUGCAUCUGUUUUGCAUGAAAGAAAAGUUUAAUUUGGACUGUUUUUGUAAUGAUACAACUUAAAGAGACAUGGACAGAAAGUCUGUUGGCCUAAUGAUCUGAUGUUUGAAUAAAGAGAGAAACAUAUAUAUGUUCACUCCUAAAAAAUGGCAUCGCAAGAUAUCUGAUGAUCAAGUUUAAGCAAUUUUUUAAUUAUGGCCAUUUGUUUAAAAAAAUCAGGUUUGUCGAAGUUUUAACCACAUUUGAAUGAUGUAUGUUAUGGAUUUAAUGGAAUAUGAAAAUUUUGCAAAUAUAUUGAAAUAAUGAAUUCAUGAAUUUAUUGUUAAAAAUGCAAUUGUCUCUUUAUGCAAUGCUAUAAAAUGAUAUAUACUGAAAUGUCCGAUAAUUCUUGGUGUGGUUAUUUUAUAUCAAAGUCCACAGGGACUAUAUUUAGAUGUAAUAUGAUUCUCUUAUAUCAUUUUUACUUUUAAGUAUUUUCUUCCAUUAUUUUUUUUAUAUUUCAUUCCAUUCAGACUAUGUUCCAAUGUAAUACAAUUUUUUUCUAAUUUGUGUACUUUGUACUAUUGUUCUUUUAUGCUUUAUGAGAUAUACAUUAUUUCAAAGCUCAAUAACAUACAUUUUGAAGCUUUAAUGAUGAUUUUGUUUGAUAAACUACAAUUUUCCAGUACUAAAUUUUAAUGAUGUUAAAUAUAAAGUUGUUAAUGUCGUAAGCAUCUUUAUUUCAUUAAUGUUCAUUGCCAACAUAUCCUUUUUUGUACUUAAUGUAGUAAUGACAUACUAUACUGAACAUGUAGAAGGCCACAGCUGCUUAUUUUUUCUAUAAAUGUAUAAUAUAAAUGCAUAUAUUGUCCAUUUUUUCACAUGUGCAUAUUCCUAGGAAGUAUGAAAUUAUCAUUUAACUUUUAAUUGUGAUUAAUUGGAUAUUUGUGAAAACGAAUGGAUAUUUUGAAAUUAUGUUAAAUUGUGACACUGACAUUAAAACCUUGAUUAUAACAAAUGUGUUCCUUGCGGCUCUUGUCAAUGAAUGGUAUGUUGACCUAUCAAGGAGUUUACUCUAUAUUGUAUCAUGAACUGUCAUACAAUCACACUCUUAAACAACUCAAUUUUUUUUUACUUUUCAUGUCAUUGUGUGUGUAUUGGGAUAUUAAUCUUGAUUGUAUUUUCUUUUAGUGCUUUUAUGCAGUUUUUCAUGUCUUAACAAGUUACAGAUAUUAAGAUCUAUGAAUUGAUUGUAGAUGUUUGUUUUGGGUUGGAUGGGUUUACAUUUUAAACAAAUGGGAGCACCUUAUCUAUUGCAUCAACCCUGGUAUACAUUAAGACAUCUCCAGUUCGAAGGCUUCAUGUAGUCAGACCAGAGAUUGACAAUGACUUUGUUUAACCUGGAUAUUAUAUAUCAUGCAUUUGUGUCCUUUAUUCUUGUUAGAUAUGUUAAGUUUUAAUUUCUUUACAAGUGUUGCCAAAUUACCCCUACAAAGUCAUAAACUCGUUUGAUUUCAAUUUGAUUAUUGUUGUCGAUACAUGCAUAUUCGAAACAUCAUACACAAACUUAUGAAAUUCUUUUGAGAAUGAUAGUUUGUUCAAAUCUAUUACCUAUUCAAACUCGUACCUUUUAUCUAUCACAUUUGUUUGAAUAAGUCAUUACGUUUUUCAUUUGCACACCACUCAAACAGAUGCAGAUUGGUAAUGAGCAGUCCCUAAUGGUCUCCUACAGUUAACAGCAUUUUGUUGAUUGAUUGUUCUGUCAAACAAGUGGUUGAUGAAUAAAUAAAAUAACAAAAAGUAAUGACAUUAAAAAUUAGGGCAAUGUGAUAGCUAUGUAUAUUAAGCAGAUGUACAUGUAGUAAUUCAGUGUCUGUUGAAUGAUACAACUGGAAAAAAAAAAUAUCUGUUCAUUAUGGAGUUCUCUGAUUCCCAUAGACUUUGUUCACAAACCGUUUUUAUCCUGUAGGCUAUGGGUUAUAAGAAAGUUUGAUGCCAGUUGUAGAGCCAACCAUUGAAGAUCUCAUCUGCACCCAUUCCUAUCAUGUGUAAGUCCUCUGGAGUUAUUAGUAAUGUGCUUCAAAAACAGAAACAAUUUUUGAUUUACUUCCAGAAGUGAAUUUCAAGCAAGGAUCUUUCCAAAGUGUUCUUGAGUGAGCACUUGGGAUGAAAUGCCAGAUAUAUGAAAAUAACACAUCAGCAAGCUCCAAUAUAGUAACAGUAAAAUAUGAUUUGCUCAUUUUGCUGGCUUUUCACUACUUCGACAUGAUAGAUUUUGGGCUAUCCACCAGUUUGAAUAGAUUUUCAUUAUCUAAAAAAUAUUUUGAUUAAAUAUUUUGUCUGUUGUUUUAUUUACAACCUCAAAUAAAUUAUGCAAUUUAAUAUAACACAUUGUUGACUUAAACUGCAAUGCAUUUGUAAAUAUAAGAUCAUGUGUAAAAAAAAGAAUAAUAAAGUGUGUUUUUUGCAAAGUGGACAAAUGAACAUUAUAUUAAUGGAAACAUGAAUGGGUUGGUGAUGAUAAAAUUUGUUAUCACCAAGAGUGUCAUGAUUUUCUUAUGACAGCAUUAUCUAUCUUUCAUACUUUUAAGCAGUGUAAUUAAAUCAGAUAUCAUUAUUGCGUAAUAGCCCAGGAUUAAAAUUCAUUGAAUCUCGGGUUGUUUUACUCAUCUGGAUGUAAUUACAGAGUGUUCUUCCUGAUGUAUACAUUUCUAUUAUUUUGAUAAUUUCUUUAUAGUUUGAAUGCAUAUGGGACAGAUAUGUUGAUCAUUACAUGUAAAGAAUUUUUCAAAACAUGAUAAUAUAUUAAUAUGUAAUAUUUUGGUUGAUCCAAAAAAAUGCAUUACUCAGAUUUGUACUUGCUAAAUAAUCUUCCAUGCAAAUAACAUGUAUAUAUUCUGUUUUUCUAUUGUGAGAAAUUUUUAUCAUUGACGCAUUUUUUAAGAAGGUUGCUUCUUUAAACUUUACAAUUGAAUAAAUGCUAUUCCUAAUCGCA